CUUGCAUUUUAUAAAUCGACAUAAGUUUGUCCACCUUAUCUUAUGUUCCAGCGAAGCCAUUUCCGUGCAGGCCAGUCCAGAAAAGCAUCUGAAAUCAAAGAUAUGGAGGAGGACACUCCUGAUAAAAAGCGUCGCUAUGAGAGCAGAAAGGAGGGAGGUGCACCAUGUCCCAGCUGUGUGUCCAUAAAGUCUACAAAUUCAAUUGAUCGACCCGAUAACUUCAGAACUGGAGCUGUGAAUCCUGAAGCCACUGUUUUCAGAAAAGCAUCUGAAAUCAAGGAUAUGGAGGAGGACACUCCUGCUAAAAAGCGUCGCUAUGAGAGCAGAGAGGAGGGAGGUGCACCAUGUCCCAGCUGUGUGUCUAUAAAGACUACAAAUUCAAUGGAUCGACCCGAUAACUUCAGAACUGGAGCUGUGAAUUCUGAAGCCAUGGCCUGCAGUGAGAAAACUGAAGUUACUGGUGACCUGCAGGAUUCUUACCAAGCAGUGGAUGAUGCUGUUAAAACAGUCAAAGCCACUUAUAAAACCAGCAUGCAGAACAAGCAUGAGCGCUUAUUUGAGGGAAUCAGACUAGAAGAGACCCUCCUAAACACAGUCUACACACAGCUCUACAUCAUAGAGGGAGAAAGAGAAGGGGUGAAUGAAAAACAUGAGAUUUUACAGAUGGAGACAAGAGCCAGAACACAAGACACUCCAAUCUACUGCAAUGACAUCUUUAAACCCUCACCUAAACCUGGAUGUGAGGAGGAAGACAAAAUAAAGACUGUUCUUACAAAAGGCAUAGCUGGAAUUGGAAAAACCGUCUCUGUGCAGAAGUUCAUUCUGGACUGGGCCGAGGGAAAAGCCAAUCAAGAUGUAGAUUUCAUGUUUGUGCUUCCAUUUCGAGAGCUGAACUUGAUUAAAGAUCACCAGUACAGUUUUCACAGACUUCUGCUUGACUUAUAUCCUGAACUUCAAGAUCUGGAUCCAAAGAUAUAUGAGAAGUGUAAAGUUGUGUUCAUCUUUGAUGGUCUGGAUGAAAGCAGAUUAACACUUAUGUUUUCAGAUGCUCAAAAUGUUUGUGAUGUGACUGAGACUUCAUCAGUGGGUGUGUUAUUGUCAAAUCUCAUCAGAGGAGAUCUGAUUCCCUCUGCUCUCAUCUGGAUCACCUCCAGACCAGCAGCAGUCAAUGAGAUACCCUCAAAAUAUAUCAACCGUCUGACAGAAAUUCAGGGAUUUAAUGACCCUCAGAAGGAAGAGUAUUUCAGGAAGAGAAUCAGUGAUGAGCAUCAAUUCAGCAGAAUCAUCUCACACAUCAGAAAAUCAAGAAGCCUCCACAUAAUGUGUCACAUCCCUGUCUUCUGCUGGGUCUCAUCUACUGUGCUUCAAAACAUCCUGAAACAAGAUAUCAAUGCAGAAAUCCCUCAAACUCUGACUGAAAUGUACAUCCACUUCCUGCUUAUUCAGAUCAACAUGAGAAAUCAGAAAUAUGAAGAGAUCUAUCCAAUGAAACCCCUGCAGUUUAACAGAGAAGAGACUAUGAAACUUGCCAAAUUGGCUUACAAUCAGCUGAUGAAGGGCAAUGUGAUAUUCUAUGAGGAGGACCUGGUUGAGUGCGGCAUAGAUGUCACUGAAGCAUCAGUGUAUUCAGGCAUUUGCACUGAGAUCUUUAAGUAUGAAUUUGUGAAUCAUCAGAGGAAAGUCUACAGCUUUAUACAUCUUAGCUUUCAGGAGUUUCUUGCAGCUCUCUAUGUGUUUUACUGCCACAUACACAAUAACAAGGAAGUACUAAAUUCAUUUUACAAAUCUGAGCAAAUGUCUUUGUACAUGCUGCUUAAAGCCGCAACUGAUAAAUCAUUGCAGACUGGACGCUUGGAUCUUUUCCUUCGCUUCCUGCUGGGCAUCUCACUGGAGUCCAAUCAGAUACUCUUACAUGAUCUACUGACAUACACAGAGAACAACAGAGGGGCCUAUUAUGAGAUCACAGUAUAUAUUAAAGAUAGAAUUACUGGUGAUGAACAACUCUCAGCUGAUAAAUCCAUCAAUCUGUUUCUCUGUCUGCUGGAACUGAAUAAUCAUACUCUCUACAGAGAGAUUCAGAGGUUUGUGAAUUCAGAUAAACUCUCAUAUACAAAACUCUCUCUCCCUCACUGCUCAGCAAUAGCCUACAUGCUUCAGAUGUCAGAUGAGGUGCUGAACGAACUGAACCUCAUGAAAUUCAACACAUCAGAUGAAGGCAGAAGGAGACUGAUACCAGCUGUAAAGAACUGCAGAAAAGCCCUACUGUCAGGUUGUAAACUCACUGAUCAGUGUUGUGAAAGUGUGGCUACAGCUCUACAAUUAAAUUCCUCAUUGAGAGAGCUUGACCUGAGUAACAAUGACCUGAAAGAUUCAGGAGGGAUGCUGCUCUUUGAUGCACUGAAGAGUUCAAACUGCCAACUGGAAAAACUGAGAUUGUCCAUCUGUAAUUUAACUGACCGGUGUUGUGGAAGCCUGGCUUCAGCUCUUCAAUCAUCAAACUCCUGUCUAAAGGAGCUGGACCUGAAUAACAAUAACUUGAAAGAUUCAGGAGUGAAGCUGCUGUCGGAUGCACUGAAGAGUCCAAACUGCCAACUGGACAAGCUGAGAUUAUCUGGCUGUAUGGUGACAAAGGAAGGCUGCUCUCAUCUGGCUACAGCUCUGAGUCUAAACGUCUCCCGUUUGAGAGAGCUGGAUCUGAGCUAUAAUCAACCUGAAGAUUCAGUGCUCAUUGCUAGAAAGGAGGAUCCAAACUGCAAACUGGAAAAUAUCUGGUUAGGUGCCAGCAUGAUUUGGCAGUACCUCACUACAUCGCCAAGCACGAGUGAACCACCAAGGGUGUUAGUGACCAAGGGAUCAUGGGUCUUUAGUGUUCUACUAAAGAAAGAGGAGUCUGAUGAACCAGAUCUUGGAGAUGUUCAGGGGAUCAUUUGCUAGAUCUAGAUCCAAACUACAACACAGCUGACAUCAGGGAUUCUCAUCUUUUGAAUGAGUGACACUUGUUUGCACAAUUAUUGUCUGCUCUAAUUUUUUGGCCUUUUCACUAACAGCAGUUAUUGAAUGUAAACCCGUAAAAAGAAAUAAUUUUGUAAAAUGUUUGCAUUUGUCAUUUUACUGUUGCUGCGGUCUUGUUCUUUUCAGUUUAAAGCCAGAUAUCCUUGUACACAUUGCCUUUACAGGUUUUCCUUGAUAUAACACAUUUACUUGACUCUUGUUAGUGAUGAGGCUAGGCAAUUUAGGGCAAAAAAAGCUUUUGUUUUAAAAGGUUUAAAAGACUUAUUUCAUUUAUCGAAAUGUACCAAAGUACAUCUGCAUUUGAUGUUUGUUAAUGAAAUGCUUUUGUAUUUUGAGGUUGUAAAAGUUUUGUGGUGUUGUGGAAAAUGUUUAAACUCUACAGUGUGUAGAAAUUAAUUUUCCACAAUUAACAAUAUAUUGUUGUAUUUUAAAUAUUCAUUUUCACUGUGUUAAAUGGAAGCGGUUAAGAAAAUUCUGUUCAAUAAACGUCAUUAAGUUUUUUGAGUUA